CUACAUACAGAGUCUCUUGAAACUUACAACUGACAUUUCGGCCCUUCAUCAAGAUCGCUCACUUUCCUACGUCUGUACCUCACCUAUCCGAGCCUUUACGGUCAUUGUCCUCUUGCCAGUGCCGCCAUCUUGCGCCCUGUCCUCACAAUUGGAACAUCACCCUUCCUUGAGACUCCGAGUAUUCGCUUGCUCAUUGCUCUCAUCCUUUCCAUCUCCUCUAAUGCCAUUUCCAUAAUCUCACUUACGGAAACCUUUUCUUCUGCGUAGCUCGCAGCCGCUCUCUGAACCUGCCAAUAUGUCUGGUUUCAACUUCGGCACCCCAUCAACGAGCGGCGCUGCUGGUCAGAGUCUGUUCGGGUCCACAAGCAAGAACACAAACCCUGGAGGUGGCCUUUUUGGAAGCAAUGCGGGCACGCCUGCCCCGGGUACCACAGGAAGCACUGGUUUCUCCUUCUCCGGCUUUGGUAAACCUGCCGCAACUGGAACUGAGAACAAACCUGCGCAAAGCUUGUUUGGCGCUCCUGCGCCGGCCUCGACAAGUACGCCUACCUUUUCGUUCGGGCCCAAGGCCGAUGAGAAGCAGUCCAAUGAGGCACCAAAAUCACUCUUCGGAAAUGUAGGCACUCCCGACAAAUCCUCAGCGCCAGCAAGCUCUGGUCCCUCUUUAUUUGGCUCAACCACCCCUGCAUCUACUACUGGUGGUGGCCUCUUCGGUGGUCUACAGAACCCUUCCACAACACCGGCAGGCCCUCCACCUGCUGCUACAUCUUUUGGAGCAAGUACUGGCGGAGGCGGAGGCGGAGGUCUUUUUGGUGCGAAGCCGGCAUCCGAGGCUGCUCAGAAACCAACCAUUAGCUUUGGCAAGCCCGCAGAGUCAACUGCUCCGGCGUCGACUUCGUCCCAACCAAGUCUGUUCGGUUCACAGGCUCCAGCUCCGGCAAGUGGUGGUUUCAGCUUUGCUUCUACAAAACCAGCAGAUAAAGCUGCCGACAAGCCUUCUAACACGGCCCCUGCCCAAUCGCCCUUCAGCUUUGGUCAACCCGCUUCGAGUACUGCAACAACUGGCACUGCGACGUCGGCUGCCCCUUCUCAGCCAUCAACUUCGUCAGCACCUUCGCUUUUCGGUGCGCCUCAGCCCACACAAAGUGCCGGCGGUCUGUUCGCGAAGCCUGCGGCACCCGCACCUCCGGCGGCAAAUACUGCCAGCUCUCCUUUCACACUAGGUGGAUCAUCUCAGCCAUCAUCCUCUACUCCAAAUCCUGCUCAAAACGACAAACCAAAACCCUCGGGUUCAGGCUUCAAUCUAGGCGGUGCAACGCCUUCAUCGACAGCCACCACCUCUGCUGCUUCAGCUGCUGCUCCAGCAACGACUUCUGCCGCUCCCUUCAACUUCCUCAAACCAACGACAUCAGCAGCUCCCGCAUCGUCUGGCGGAUUCAGUUUUCCGUCUCAGCCAACGGCGACUACGCCUGCCACGCAGCCUGCGACAUCGACCGCCACAACUACAAGCGGUUUCUCCUUCGGACCAUCUGCAACUCCUGCCCAACAGACUACAACAACGUCGGCGUCGAAUUUGGGGGGCUUAUUUGCGCCAAAAACUACAACUCCGAGCUCCCAGCCGGCUUCCGCUGCUCCGACUGCAAAUACCACCUCGCCAUUUGCGGUGUCAGGUGUAGGAGGGGCUCAAACAUCGACUGCAGGACCACCACCACCUGCCCAAUCCCGCCUACGGAACAAGACCAUGGACGAGAUCCUGACUCGAUGGGCAACAGAUAUGACGAGAUAUUCCAAAGAGUUCAAGGAGCACGCCGAGACUAUCGCACGCUGGGAUCAAUUGAUCGUGGACAAUUCAUCAAAGAUUGACAAAUUAUAUGUCAAGACACGAACCUGUGAGAGACAAACUAUGAGCGUUGAUAUGCAGCUUGCUGCUGUGGAGAACCAGCAAACGGAACUCGAAAGCUGGCUUUCGAAAUACGAAGGCGAGGUUGACGAGAUGCUUGCAAAAGACAACGUCAACUCCAGCGAGAUGGGUGGUCCGGAUCAGGAGAGAGAAAGGACCUACAAACUUGCGGAACGCUUGAGCGAACGCCUCGAAGAGAUGGAACGCGAUUUGGGCAGCAUGGUCGAAGACGUCAACGCGGCCAAUGCUAGUUUGAGCAAGAACGGGAAAGCCGAUGAACCCAUUACCCAAAUCGUCAAGAUUUUGAACUCACACUUGCUUCAAUUACAAGCGAUUGACCAAGGUAGCGUUGCUCUACAGGAGAAAAUUGCCGCGGCACAGAAGUCAGCGAACGGUCUGGGCUAUCUCAAUGGAUCAGCCAAUGGAGCUGGUGGAUCGACCGUUCAGGACUUUUACCGCAGCUACAUGGGAAGGAGGUGAUCUUUUGCGAAUCAGGGUGAGAUCACCAGAAGCAACGGGAUAAUGAGUUUGUAAAAGUAAACGGGCGGCCAUGGUUGACCAGCAGAUAUCAGUCAAUGGUGUGUUUCAAGACAUUUUGUAUAAAGAUCAAGCGACUAGCUAAGACUAGUCGAUGUACCCAAGCAUGAUGAGCGGAGAACGCAAUUGGCAUUGCAGGUUGAUCCUGAUUUGUACAAGCGUUAUAUUUGUGGGCGGUAGGCUGCUACGCACUCAGCCCCAUUCCUCAUAGACCUGUGUAAAGCAAUCUCAUGACGUUGAUU